UUUCCUUCUGGAGCAUCAGUGAGCGUUUGAACCUUCUCUAAUAGUUGCAUAUGAGUCCCUCAGUUGUCCUCUGGUAAAAUAAUUAACAUUUUGCAGAUUCUGAAAGGAGGAUGUAAACUUUUGACCUCAACUUUAAGUGGUGUAUGGAGUCUUUUUUUCACAUUCGCAUGUCACUGAUAUACUACAUUUUAAAAUGUAUAUUUUCAUUAAUUUCUUUCAUCUAAGUAUGACUUUCUUAUGAAUACCACUGAUGUCUAAUUAAUAUUUCUCAAAAUCUCUCCUCAUUCCUUAUCAUUUAUCUGACUGAGAUGAACAUGGUCUUUAGAGGGAGAAAUCUCACUGACUGACUUUCACAUCUUCUACACAAAUACUCUGGCAGAGAUUGCAGUUUAGAAAUCUUCAAACCUACAGACUUGUUUUAUGUGGAUAGAAUUACUGAUGAUAGCAGAAGCCAAGUGAGAUUUAAAGGACUUAAUUAUUAUGCCCAAAUGUUCUAACUAAGUUCUUUGAUGAGUUCUUAAGGAUCUGGCAAGACUCAUAACCUGUGAAGUGUGUACAGGCCUACUGUUUUAAGAGUUUUUACAUUUCUGAUCUUUGUAUUUCAAUGACACUUGAAAAAUUUGAACUGUAAAAUCUCUACGCUUACUGUGUUAAAUAGAAACACUCCAGUGUGUCAUGUUCUUAGGUGUUCUAAAGAAAAUAUGAAAAAACAAAUAUAUGACCUACAUGUAGAACAUCUACUGCACUUAUAAUGGCAGGAGAAGGAAGUUUGAGAUGUGGUAAUACUUCAUGCAGCUUAGUUUUUAAUAAGUGUGUUAUGCUUGCAGUGGGAAUGAGUUAGGUUCAUGCUUCAUUGAUAAAACCAGAUCCUAUGGCCCAGUGCACACUCUCAAUAGGCCCACCACACUCGAGAAUGACAUCAUCUAUUUGUGUGGCAUACUCCCACUAUUCAGUUACAGCUCUAUGUGGCUUAGCAUGCUUGGACCCUCCGUAUCAAUGCCCAGCUCUUUUUAAUUCAUGACCUGCUAGGGGUUGAUUGCACAUAUACAGUCUCCUCCGAAAGUAUUGGAACGACAAGGCCAAUUCUUUUGUUUUUGCUAUACACUGAAGACUUUAAGAUCUAAAGAUAAUUAUGAGAAAAUAGAUCAGAAUUUCAAGCUUUUAUUUCCUGAUAUUUAUAACUAGAUGUGUUAAAUGACUUUUGUUUGAACCCAUCCAUUUUUCAAGUGAUCAAAAAUAUUGGAACUUGUGACUGACAGUUUCUUGUUGCCCAGGUGUGCCCUGUUAGAUUGAUUGUUUAAACAAUUAAUAACUUUGAAUGUCUACUCUUGAUUUGAGCCCCGAGUUUCACUUGUGAAAACUGCAUUUGUUGCCAAAUAGGAUAAACCAACAUGAAGACCAGAGAGCUGCCUUCGGGAGAAAAGCAAGCUGUUUUAAAACUGAGAAAAGAGGGAAAAUCAAUCAGAUCCAUUACAGAGAAAUGCAUAAAAUCUUAUUUUGAUAGGAACUUAAUCAUGCAGCAAGACAAAGACCCAAAACACAAUGCCAACACAACAAAUGAGUUCAUCAGGGGAAAAGUGGAAGGUUUAGACUGGCCAAGUUAAUCACCAGACCUUAACCCAAUUGAGCAUGCAUUUCACCUCAAAACAAACAACAACUGAAAGAAGCAGGAGUACAAGCCUGGAACACCAUCACAGAAGAAGAAUGCAACAGUUUGGUGAUGUCAGUGGGUAACUGGCUUGAUGAAGUUAUUGCAAGCAAGGGAUAUGCAACCAAAUAUUAAUAUCAAAGUUAUUUACUUUGAUUUACUUUAAGACUAUCUGUUCCUACAAUGUUGCUCACCUAAAACCAAAGGUGCAUGUUCUAAGUUGUUAGAUGUCAGAUGUAACAGUUAGAUGUAAAUAUUAGAAAAUAAAAGCUGAAAUUCUGAUCUAUCAUCUUAUAAUCACCAUCAGAAUGUCAAACUUCAGUGCUUUAUAGCCACAAUGUUGCACGAUGAAUUAGGCAGCUGCCAAUUAAUUGUUAAACUGUUACCACUGAGUAAGUAGUGUGCAUUUCCUAUAAGAGGUUAGAGUAGUUUUCCUUGAAAUAGCAUAUUUAAACAAGAUUUUUGGUUAAUCUGCUAAUAAACAACAGGAAAUAAAUAGACUAAGAAGAUUAAGAAGACUAAAUAUCCUAAAGACCAAAUAUGUUCACCUUGAAAUUAUGUUAGACUUGUUAAUCUGUAUGAGUGAUAAAAGUUCACAUAUUAAACAAAAACAUAUUUAGCAAUAUAACAUAGAGGAUUCAGGAGAUGCUUGAGGAUCCAUAUGUAGGGUGGUUUAUUUACAAAGCCAAAACACAAUCUGAAAUCCAAGUUGGAAUAGGAGCACUGGUCAAAUACAGAGGAACAUGAUUUCCAAAUCAGAUGGUAAAUCUAAAGACCAAACAGUUGGCAAAAACACAGUAAUAAACAACAAAUGCUGGGUACUAACCUAGUAUUGUGGAAGUAUCCUGGAAGUAACCUGGAAGUGGUAACCUAGAACUCAGGUGAGGAAGAUUUCUACUCGCAAGGAGAUGUACUGUCCCAAGCUGGUGACAACAAAUUUUGUUUAAAUUGUAUUUUUAAUUCUCCACUGCAUGAUACACAUAAUCAAAAGAAUAUGGUCAUGAUUCAAUAAUAUAAAUAAAUUAGAAACUAAAUUAUCAAGAGUCAGACCAUUAUCAGGAUACAGUUGUAUGUCCGAGAAGAAUUUUUUUGAUUUUGUGUGAACAUAGUCAGAGAAAAGGUGACCUGUGAACAUGAUUCAUUAUUCAAGUUGGCACACUUAAAGUAUUAUGAAUAUGCGACUGUGAGACUGUUGCAAGAAAUUAUGAUCUUAGUAAAAGAUUGCACAAUGUUAAAACUGUGUCUGUGCAAGCUUUUUCCUUCACUGUCUUCAUAUGCUUGUUUGUGCCGUGUUGUACUGAGAUGGCUCCAAUCUGCUGUGCCAUUGCUUGGAUCUUAAGACUUGGUCUUGAUAUAUAGUGUGGGCUCUCAGUUUGUGUUUGGAGGGGAAAUGAAUUGUGUAACUUGGUAUAAACGUUCUGUCUGUAAUGCAAAAACAUUGUCCCUUGGCUGUGAGUGUAUUUUCCCUCCUCACCUAAAAUCAGGGUGCAAACUGUUUUUCUAAACAACAAUAUUUCACAAGUAGUUUAGCCAUUUGAGUUUAGAUAAUAGCUAAACAAUCCCUUACUUCAAAUAAACCCCAUGUCUGAGAGGCAGAUGCCAGUAGCAGUAACAGACAGAACUGGCCUUGCUGGAGAAAAGCUUAAUGCCAAGGGAAAAAAUAUUUAUAAAGAAGAGUCACAACAGCAGCAAGCGCGUGUGUGUGCCUGGGGAUUAUUAUUAUUUUUUUAAAUAAAGGUUAAUGUUAAUCUGAAAGCAAGUAUGUUUAAUGUUAGUCUUAAAGAAAGUAUUUUUAAAGCAAAGUUAUAUACAGUGGAUAUAAAAAGUCUACAUACCAUGUAUGUAGACACACAUUGCAACAUAUAUAAAUUAAGUGAAAAACAAUCAGAAACAUUUUAGGGAAAAAUAGGAAAAAUAAAAAACAAUAAUCUGGUUGCAUACAAUAAUCUGGUGCACACCCUUUCAUAAUUGAGAAUGUGGCUGUGUUCAGAAUGAACCAAUCACAUUCAAUCUCAUGUUCAAAAGUAAUUAUCAUACAGCUGUUAUCAAUGAAAUUAUUCUGAUUAACCGCAAAUAAAGACCAGCUGCUUCUAUAGGAUUUUCUUGACAUCUUCUUGGUUUCUUCUGACUACCGUAGUGACUCAACCAUGGUCUGCAAAGAGCUGACAAAGCAUGUACAGGGUCCCAAUGUCGAAAGGAAUCAAUCGGGUGAGGGGUACAAAAAAUUUUCCAAACCAUUAGAUGUACCAUGGAACACAGUGAAGGCCAUCAUCAACAAGUGGAGAAAAUGGAGCACCACAGAGACAUCACCAAGAAUAGGAUGACCCUCCAAAAUUUACAAAAGAACAAGACAAAAACUUACCAGGGAGGCUGCCAAGCAAUCACCAGCAAAAUUAUAGGAUCUGCAGGAAUAUCUGACAAGUACUGAUUACUCUCUACAUGUGACAACAAUCUCUCAUAUUCUUCAUGUAUGUGGGCUAUUGGGUAGGGUGGCUAGACGGAAGCCCUUUCUCACAAAAAACAUACAAGCCCAACCAAAUCACCCCAAACCAUGUGGCUAAAUGUGUUAUGGUCUGAAGAGAACCAUUCCAAAAGGUAUAAUAAUUCUAUAAUUCAAAAUUUUUGUUUGGCACAAAAAAGCACAUCACCAAAAGAUCACCAAACCCACGGUGAAGCAUGGUGGUGGCAGCAUCAUGCUUUAGGGCUGCUUUUCUUCAGCCAGAACUGGGGCUUAUAUCAAGGUGGAGGGAAUCAUGAAUAGCUACAAAUACCAGUCUAUUUUUUAUGCAAAACAUUCUGGUGUCUGCUAGUAAGCUGACGAUGAAAAGGGAAUUUCACCUUUCAGCACAACAGUGACCCAAAGCAUACAUCCAAAUCAACAAAGGAAUGGCUUAACCAAAAGAAAAUCAAUGUUUUUGAAUGAACUAGCCAGAACCCAGACCUGCUUCCAACUAAAAAUCUGUGGGGUGACCUGAAGCAGGCUUUGCAUGGAAGAUGACCUUAAAAUUGACAGAUCUAGACAGAUAGACAGUUCUUGUUCUUGGCUGACAGGAGUGGAACCCAAUGUGGUCUUCAGCUGUUGUAGCUCAUGCACCUCAAAGUUUGAUGCUUUGUGCUCACCACGGUUGUAAAAAGUGAUUAUGUGAGUUACUAUAUCCUUCCUGGCAGCUCGAAUCAAUCUGGCCAUUUUUCUUUGACCUCUCUUAUCAACCAGGCGUUUCCACCCACAGAACUGUUGCUCACUCAAUGAGACUGUUGAAUGUGAAAAUCCCAGGAUAUCAGCAGUUUCUGACAUACUCAAACUAGCCCAUCUGGCACCAGCAACCAUGCCAUGGUUAAAGUCACAGAGAUCACACUUUUUUCAUUCUGAUGAUUGAUAUGAGCAUUAACUGAAGGCCUUGACUUGUAUCUGCAUGAUUUUAUGCAUUAUGCAUGUAAAUUGUACACCUAGAAUCUAGGGAUUUUGCUGUAUAGAUUUACAGUUGUUAUUUUGGAGCAAAACCUUGUUUAGUGCAGGCUUCUGAGUGGCACAACAGAAAAGCAUUCUCCCUACUGUCAGGAGAUCUUUGGUAAUACCAGGAGAGCUUAAUUGGCCCUGCUUUCUGGGUUGGAGUCUCACCUGUCUAUUAGAACAAUGCUAGCUGAUUGUGGGUGUCUGUGAGCUCACAUAUAUGGAAAAUUGUAAUUAGUGUCUUCUUUAAGUGUAUUGGGCUGCUCUGUAAUGUUAAAAAAAUUGUAGCCACAGGAAUCAUGGUUUAGGCCUCAACCCAUGUGAUAGUAGCUAGUUGGUUGAAAUCGCCAAUGAUCAAAUUUUAAGAAAAUUGGAUAGGAACUUGUUUAGUGCAUUCAGGCAUUUAUUUUGUACUUCAUGUACAGUAUGUCACUUUUGGUGUGUAUACCUUUAUUGUGAACUCUAGUGCAUGCCUGCCUAAAAGAUUUAUUACAUGUUUUUUAGCAGGCUACUGUUGGAAUCUCUCUCUCUCUCUCUGUCUCUGUAUGUGUGUAUAUUGUUAUGCGUGAACUUCCUCUAAAAUAUCAUAAAUUUUCCUUUAUCACAAGACCAUUGACCUCACCCUCAACACCCCGCUUUCCUGUGGGUAAGUGCUAAGUUUGAUUAUUACUGCAAUUUCCCCAGUUUUUUUCACCACAAGACCUUUGCUCUCAGAUGCAGAUGUGGCUUAAGAUAAGAUUAACUGAGUUAAUGUAUUUCAAUGCUUGUUUUCGUACAUAAUUAUUGCUAUAGUGGUGUUUAUUUUUCUAUACAUUUACUGUUAAUGUUACAGUACAAUUGUCUUUUUCUGAUUAGCACAUAUACAGUAAGGGGUUCAUUAUGGAACUCAUACUCCAGUUCUUUAUAUGAUUCCUGGGUUUGGGCUGUAUGCAGUGAGGGGUCCUGUCCCUCUGAGCGCAGAUCUGUUGAUCCUAUUGUCUCCUGCAGUUCCACACGUGGUCCAAUGCAUAAAGGGCGUCUGGCUGGAAGCUUAGACUUGAAAAGCAGCCAUCACAGCCCAUCCAUUCACAUCUGCUCAUUGAGGCGACAAGGACUCAUGGUGAGGCUGGGUGAACAGGACAUGAGCAGUUCACUUUGUCCCAGCGGCAGGGAGGAGCAACCAACUGAGUGACUGACCAGAACUCCAUUGGAGCCACCACUUUACCAAGAUUUCCAUUUAGUCUCAAUUCACCUCGGUGUUGACCUCUUAUACUUCUGGAGUUAAGAGUCCACCAUGGGAGACUGGAGCUUCUUAGGUAAUAUUUUAGAAGAAGUGAAUAAACAUUCAACUGUAAUUGGCCGUAUUUGGCUUACGGUCCUCUUCAUCUUCCGCAUUCUUAUUCUGGGCACGGCAGCAGAGUUUGUCUGGGGAGACGAGCAGUCCGAUUAUGUGUGUAACACAAAGCAGCCUGGAUGUGAGAAUGUAUGUUAUGAUGAGGCAUUCCCUAUCUCCCAUAUCCGCCUAUGGGUGCUGCAGAUUAUUUUUGUGUCUACGCCGUCGUUGGUUUAUAUCGGUCAUGCUGUCCACCAUGUCCACAUGAAGGAAAAAUGCAAAAAGCGUGAGAAUGCGGCGCUUCACCACCAGCAAGAAAUGAACAACAAACAACUUCAUGUUGUAGCAGACCAGGGAAGUGUUCACAUGACCAAGGACACUAGCACUGAUGGGAGUAAAAUGUUUCGUCUUGAAGGCACUCUACUCUGCACAUACGUAUGCCAUAUCAUCUUCAAAACACUAUUUGAGGUAGGAUUUAUUGUGGGGCAGUACUUUUUGUAUGGCUUCCACCUCCUUCCACUGUAUAGGUGUAGUCGCUGGCCCUGCCCUAAUACAGUGGACUGUUUCAUCUCACGGCCAACUGAGAAAACCAUCUUCAUCAUCUUUAUGCUAGCCGUUGCUUGUGUCUCACUUCUGCUGAACUUUGUGGAGAUUAUCUAUCUAUGUUUGAAAAAUAUUCAAUUUGGGUUCUGUCAGACAGCUCCAGCCCAGGUUGAGACCUUUGUCUCUCCUGAGAGAAGCUUGCAGUUCCUCCUUAGUCCUCCCUUUCAUAAGCCAAAAGGCUACAGGACACUUGAAGAAGAUAGAAAGGAGGGUGAGGUUGCACACAUCUACCCGCUAACUGAAGCGGGUAUGGAGGAAGACCAGCUUCCUUCUCUAUCUCAGGAGGUGGAGCAGAAAAGAACAAAUGAUGCAAUAAUACCUACAGUGCCCCCUGUGGAGGAGACAAUAAUUUAUGAUGAGACAAUCCCAGUCUUUACUGAGCUCACUAAGACUUUUCUUGAGCUGCCACCAACCAUAGAGGAGGAGAUAUCUAGAGAAGGGGAUGAAGUGGACAGUUCCCUACUCGUGAUUCCCUUGGAAGCGGUACUGGGAAAGAGAUCACAGAAAGAAUGCAUGGAGGAGACACAGACAAUUGUUGAUGUGACACAAGGGGGUGUAAAGCAAACUGUAGGAGACCUAGUUAGAAAAGACACACUCAUAGAUCAACAACUGGAUGUGGAGAUUGAGUCAGGACAGGGUGGAUCAGAAGUUGUAGUAGUUCCAGAAACUGUUGAGGAGGUGAUAGAUGUACCAGAAAAUAUUGAGGAGGUUCUAGAUGUACCAGAAAAGGUUGAAGAGGUUGUAGAAGUUUCAGAAAAUAUUGAGAAGGUUGUAGAAAUACCAAAAAAUAUUGUAACAUUUGUAGAAGUACCAGAAAAUAUUAAAGAGGUUGAAGUUCCAGAAAAUGUUGAGGAGGUUGUAGAAGUACCAGAAAAUGUUGAAGAGGUGAUAGAAGUACCAGAAAAUGUUGAAGAGGUUGUAGAAGUUCCAGAAAAUAUUGAGGAGAUUGUAGAAGUUCCAGAAAAUGUUGACGAGGUGAUAGAUGUACCAGAAAAAAUUGAGGAGGUUGUAGAAGUACCAGAAAAUUUUGUAGCAUUUGUAGAAGUACCAGAAAAUAUUGAGGAGGUUGUAGAAGUUCCAGAAAAUGUUGAAGAGGUAAUAGAAGUACCAGAAAAUGUUGAAGAGGUUGUAGAAGUUCCAGAAAAUAUUGAGGAGAUUGUAGAAGUUCCAGAAAACGUUGAGGAGGUUGUAGAAGUUCCAGAAAAUGUUGAAGUAGAUGUAGAAGUACCAGAAAAUGUUGUAGAGGUUGUAGAAGUUCCAGAAAAUAUUGAGGAGGUUGUAGGAGUACCAGAAAAUGUUGAAGUAGAUGUAGAAGUACCAGAAAAUGUUAAAGAGGUUGUAGAAGUUCCAGAAAAUAUUGAGGAGGUGAUAGAUGUACCAGAAAAUGUUGAAGUAGAUGUAGAAGUACCAGAAAAUGUAGAAGAGAAUGUAGAAGUACCAGAAAAUGUUGAAGUAGAUGUAGAAGUUCCAGAAAAUGUUAAAGAGGUUGUAGAAGUACCAGAAAAUAUUGAGGAGGUUGUAGAAGUACCAGAAAAUAUUGAGGAGGUUGUAGAAGUACCAGAAAUUAUUGAGGAGGUUGUAGAAGUUCCAGAAAAUGUUGACAACGUGAUAGAUGUACCAGAAAAAAUUGAGGAGGUUGUAGAAGUACCAGAAAUUAUUGAGGAGGUAAUAGAAGUACUAGAAAAAAUUGAAGAGGUUGUAGAAGUUCCAGAAAACAUUGAGGAGGUAAUAGAAAUGCCAGAAAAUGCUGUAGAGGUUGUAGAAGUUUCAGAAAAUAUUAGGGAAGUUGUAGAAGUUCCAGAAAAUGUUGUAGAGGUUGUAGAAGUUCCAGAAAAUAUUAAUGAAGUUGUAGAAUGCCCAGAAAAUGUUGAGGAGGAUGUAGAUGUUCAAGAAAAAAUUAAGGAGCUUGUAAAACUACCAGAAAAAAAUGAACUGGUAGUAGAAGUUGCAGAAAUGUCUGACAGGGUUGCAGAAGUCCCAGUACAUGUUGAAGAGGUUGUACAAGUUCCAGAAAAGUUUGAGGAGAUUGUUGAUGAUUAUGUAGAAGAGCUUGUAGAAGUUCCAGAAAAUCAUGAAAAGGUUGUAGAUGCUCCAGAAAAGGUUGGAGAGCUUAUAGAAUUUCCAGGAGAAUAUCCUGUGAGUAAAGAACUGACCAAGUCAGAGGAGCUUACAAUAGAAGCUAAGAGCUUCUCUUUAGAAGAUGAGAAAGCUGUAGACCCUUUAUGGGAAGAGAAACCUUUAGAGGCGAUUAAAUCUGUAGGGGAGGAGAAUGUAUCUAGGGAAAUCACAAGGUCAGAUAUUCUAGAGGGUGCAGAGGAGUCACUCAAUUUAGAGGUAAUUGCAGAGGGACCCGAAAUAGAAAAUUUACCUAAGGUGGAGUCAAUAGAGGAUGUCAUCAAUACAAAGGAAUCAGUAGAUUUUGAUGAUGCUGUGGACACAGGGAAGUCAUUCAGCGAGAUGGGCAAUCCAGAGGAGGUUAAGAGCUCUGAAGCCCAAAAUAGUCAAGGGAAAACUAGAGAUCCUGGAAAAGUGGAGAGUUUAGAAUUAAAGGUUAGGUUACCAGAGAUGCAGACACUCGAAGAAACGAUUUCAGUCCCUCUCAUACCUCUGGAAUUGCCAGCAGCAGAGACACUGGAAGAAACAAGACCGCUGAGCCGUCUUAGAAAAGCGAGCAGUAGAGCAAGGCCAGAUGAUCUUACAAUAUAAUUUUUACAUGAGCUAAAACGUAGAUAUAUUUAUUUUAAAACUAAAAAAGCAAAGGAACAAUAACCAGUAUUUUUGUUUUUACUUUUCAUUUAUCGUUUCAUUUCACUGAAAAGUUUUGUUCAUUAGAGGUAUGUUUCUGAUAUUCUUUUUCUUUGUAUGCUAACAAAACAAUUGUUAGAUUGUGUAUAACUGGAAUCAAAGCCUAGAGCAAGCAUUAUUUUUUUGUUCCCAGCUAAUGGUCACUAAUCAACUAAUCAUAAGUUUAUUUAUUUAUUUAUUACUACUACUACUACUAAUAAUAAUAAUAAUUUAUUUUCACUUUUUUGGCUUUUUUUUUAAAUAACAAUUUAUCUAUAUAUUGGGUUGAGUGAUUUUACAUGCCAUCUAGUCAAAAGACCUGAUUUUACAAAGAAAUUACAGUUUACAGGUGAGGUACAGAAAGGUGAUAAGACAUUAAUUGUUUUAGUAAUGUAUUGGGACACCAUGAGCUGCCAGAACAGCUUCAGAGUGCCUUGGCAUUGAUUCUACAAAUCUCUGGAACUGUGCUGGAGGGAUGAACAUCAAUUUUCCAAAAGAUAUUCAGAUACUCAGUUGCUUUUUUGAUGAUGGAGAGCUCUGUCUAAAACACUACUCCAAAUUUCUCAUGCGUAUUCAGUUGAGUUAAGAUUUGAUGAAUAUGAAGUUCAUAGUAUAUGAUUUACAUAAUUUUCAUACCAUUUGUGCCUUGGUGAUGGGCACCCUGGUCAGACCAAAAUGUUUCAUGUUCAUCAGAUAAAGGUGAUCAGUCAAUAUAACUUUAUAAAUAACAGAAUAACAGAUUUGUAGUGACUCUUCUCUCUAAGGGGAAAAGUGGGCACAAAACAUGGCAAAUGCAGCAGAAUAACAGAGACACCAGUUCUUCCUUUAAUUUGUCACCUGUCUGUAUGUGAAAAAAAAUCUGUACAUCACUUUAAAUAACUUUUUCACCUUGAAAAGCAGUCAACGUUAUGCACCUCUUAUUGAACAUAUUGCUUAUUGUCUAAACAUUUGUUUGCUCAAUGAAAUUUACUUACUCAGUUUGUUUUGUUACGCCAGAAGUCAUGAUGCCAUUACACCCAUAUGACAAAUCCAGAAAUGUAAAACUCUCUCUGAUCACUAAACACACUUACUGUGUACAAGGUAAAGGUAGUCUUUUUAAGUACAGUAAGUGUAUACAGAAUUUUCAAGACAGUACUUGAAUACAAUUAUCCAUGAAACAAAUUUCGAGGCAAUGUUUCCAGCAACUGAAUGAUUAUUAACAACUGUAGCAAAUGGCAACUAAACACUGACUGAAGAACAGUGAAA